AAUUUUAAUAAAUAAUACACAUAGCCAAAGAAAUACUAUGAGAGAGGCACUACUUACUGCCAUUCUUCUAAUCAAAAGUCAAAACACUUAAACACUACUAUCAUGCAGCCAAUACGCAAGUUCGUUGUUUGCCUUCAACUUGCCUCCUUUAUCCUCCACUUAUUGCUUCUUUCACCACCAACCAUAGCCCAAACUCCACCUUCUAAGGCUACAACCACCACCACUACAAUCACCAAAGGCGCCACCAUCACGAAACCGGGAUGCCCACGAAAGUGCGGAAACCUAACGGUUCCAUACCCGUUUGGAGUGGGCUUAGGCUCGGGUUGCGCUCUCAACCCGAGCCUGGAAAUCAACUGCAACGCAUCGAACAAUCCUCCAACGCCUCUAAUCACAUCGAACCAGCUCCAUGUAUACGACAUCUCUGACUCCCACGUCUGGAUCUCCAACUCCGUUACUACCCGAUGCUAUACCUCGACGGGGGGCAUGCUCGGGCAAAAAUCUGCUGGGAUCGACCUCGGCGAUUCCAGCCCAUACACUUUCUCAGAUAAAAACAAGUUCACCGUUGUCGGGUGCGACGACUCCGCCGUCAUGAUCGGACACAACCUCGGGAACGGGAAGAACUUCGCCAACGGCUGCGCCGUCUCUUGCAACAAGCCGGAGGAUGUGAUCGGCGGAAGCUGUAUAGGUUCCGCCGGUUGCUGCCAAAUCACGAUCCCGAAUGGAUUGAAGACUGCUAAUGUAACUAAUAUGCGCUCCCCGUCCGGUCAUGCUCGGGUCUGGUCCGGUAACCCCUGCGGGUACGCGUUUAUAGGGGAAGCCGGCCGGUAUAGUUUCCGGGGCUCCGGUGACCUUAAAAAUCCCAAUUUUAGUACGAUGGUUGGGGAAAGCGUUCCGAUUGUACUAGAUUGGGCUAUAGGGAAUCUGAGUUGUGAGGGAGCAAGGAAGAAAGAUGAUUAUGCGUGUAAGGAGAAAAGUCAUUGCGUUGACGUUGACUAUGAUUCUGGAGGUUACCGUUGUAGCUGUGACGAUGGUUAUAGGGGCAAUCCUUAUAUCUCUCUGGGCUGCCAAGAUAUUGAUGAGUGUGAAGAUCCAAAUGAGAAUCCAUGUGAAAAGAUUUGCACAAACACGCCGCUAGGAAGCUAUACUUGCUCUUGUCCAGAUGGGUACACUGGCGAUGGUAAGAAGAAUGGGCAGGGCUGUGUUGCAACUGGGUCAGAAUUUCCAUGGAUCAAAUUUUCGGUAGGUUUGGGGAUUGGCUUUUUGUCGUUGAUCGGUGGAGCAACAUGGCUAUACUUCUUUGUUAAAAAAAGAAAACUCAUUCAACUUCGACAACAAUUCUUCGAACAAAAUGGCGGCUUAAUCUUGAACCAGAGAAUAACCACCACAGUAGACGGUGCCGGAGUAGAUGCGACAAAAAUCUUCACCGCAGAGGAGUUGAAAACCGCCACCAACAACUACUCAAGUGAUCGUGAACUCGGCCGUGGAGGAAACGGCGUCGUUUACAAGGGCAUCCUACCAGACAAUCGUGUAGUCGCCAUCAAGAAAUCCAAAACUAUGGACGAGAGUAAAAUCGAAGAAUUCAUCAACGAGGUGGUCAUUCUCACUCAGGUCAACCAUCGGAAUGUGGUCAAACUUAUAGGAUGUUGUCUUGAGGUGGAAGUUCCGAUGUUGGUCUACGAAUACAUCUCCCACGGCACACUCUAUGAGCACAUCCACAAACCCGACGGCAGCUCCGAUUGGCUCUCGUGGGAAACCCGAUUAAGAAUAGCCACAGAAACCGCCGGCGCACUCGCCUAUCUUCAUUCAUCGGCAUCAAUACCUAUAUUCCAUCGAGAUGUAAAAUCGGCUAAUAUAUUACUAGAUGAUAAUUACAUAGCAAAAGUUUCAGAUUUUGGCGCGUCUAGAUUGAUCCCUUUGGACCAAACCCACAUAGCCACUUUGGUGCAAGGGACAUUCGGGUAUUUGGACCCGGAAUACUUUCGGACAGGUCAAUUGACUGAAAAGAGCGAUGUGUAUAGCUUCGGAGUGGUAAUUUGUGAGCUACUAACUGGAAUGAAACCGGUUUCAAGAGAAAGAAGCGAGGAGGAGAGGAAUUUGGCGGCAUAUGUGGUGAGAUCCAUGGAUAAGAAUCAAUUGUUCAAGAUUCUGGACCGCCGUGUUUUGAAGGAAGCGGCAAUGGAGCAAACAGAGAGAGUUGCAGAGCUUGCAAGAAGAUGUGUUCACUUGAAUGGCAGAGAUAGGCCUACGAUGAAGGAAGUGGUUAUGGAGCUUGAAAGGUUGAGAAAGUUCAAUAAGGAGAUGUGGAAUCGUGAAUUGCGAAUCCCACGGGAUGAUGUUAUUGCUGUUGGUCAAAUGGAUGGUCAAGAGGAGUCUUCAUCAUCGUUAGACCUUUAUACGCUUCCUUUGAACUCUACGGCUUUCAAUAGUGAAUAUUCUAGACAAUACACCAAUUCUUCAACUAGUUCCAGACCCACAUUUCCCAUUAAUACUAGUCCACGAUGAUUAUGACGUUUGACAAUUUGACAUAAUCAAUUGUAUCAUUAUACAUUAUAAAUUGAAAAAUUUUGUGCCUUUUCCAACAAUAGAUCAUUACGUUAUAGCACUAAUUUAAAUGGGAUAUGUUUUCUUAGUCAUUGAAAUAUAUGGAACGCAUGGGCAAUUUUACUGAAUGUGAUUUUGUUCACCC